CUCGAACCGUGGGCCACACUUCGGGCGCGUUUAUGCAACUUUGGAGAAGCAUUUCAUUUGAUUUAUUGCCUCGCGUGAACGGAGACGGUUCGAUUUCCGCGCGAGUAACUUUUGACGUGCAGAAGGUCAAUGCAAACUCCAGGAGCUUCUCGACAAACGCGCUCCCUUCUCGCAAGACUCGUAAUCUGAGCUGCACCUUGCGGCUAAAUAGGGGUGUUUUUUUUUUGGAAGUCACUGAGUGUGCGUAAUGAACCCAGGGAGAAUAACGGGACUGUUUUCGGACCUGUGCGCGCUCGCGGUCCCGGCUCGAGCGCACGUCAAGGAGCAGAAGCUGAACGGACAGACGCUGUACGACGUCAACACAGACUGGACUCAGAACGACCUGGUCCGCGGUUCCAGACUCAGUUUCUGCCAGAGGUGGACUUUGCUGAUUGAAGAGAAAAACAGAAUCCAGUGUGUCCUCCCCCCAGGACCCGCUCUUCCUCUCGGCGCAGAAUGCCUCAGUUCAUUCUCUCCCGUCCAGGGCCUCAGAGCAGUUAUCAAAGACGUAAAUGGACACCAGCUUCUCGAGGUUUGGGACGAACGUGGUCUGAGAAAGUGCCUGAACCUCACAGCCCUCAACCAACAUGGACGGGUCUAUGAUGACGUGCACUUUGGCUGUCUGUCCUGGUCACGAUGUGAAAACAAACUGUUGUACAUCGCUGAGAAAAAAACAGAGUCACCAAACGCCUCAUCUGGAGACGUGAAGGAGCGCAGACUGUACCGUGAGGACUGGGGAGAGGCUCUGUCUCAGAAGAGUGUCCCUGUGCUCUGCUGUGUGGACCUGAGGAGCGGGGUCGUCCGUGUGCUGCAGGGGGCUCCAGAGCAGCUCUCAGCAGGACAGUGCGUGCCCCUCAGUCUGGAUGCGGUGGGGCCCUCCGUGCGGUUGCUGGAGCAGAUCUGGGGCCCCUCGUCUCGUCGUCCCGUGUGGGUGAACGCCGACGUGCUGCCCGGCCCCGGGGGUGUGGCCUCCCCUUUACAGCCCCAGAGCUUCCUGUCCGCCGUGGGGGCCCUGCCUGACCACACUGUGCUCUCUCUGGGCUGGACCACCGGCUGGACCCCCGGAGCUGAAAACCCAGGCUACAGUUGGGAGAUGGUGCGUGAGAUGGAGCAGAUCUGCGGAGGUCUGAAGAACCCGGUGACGUUCCCAGUUCGAGCGGCUCUGAUGGGUCAGUCUGCGCCGCAGCUGCUCUGGCUCCUGCAGCAGUCCCACAGGUACAACUCCAGCCUGAGCUCGAGCUAUGAAACCACCUACUGGACUCAGAACGACCUGGUCCGCGGUUCCAGACUCAGUUUCUGCCAGAGGUGGACUUUGCUGAUUGAAGAGAAAAACAGAAUCCAGUGUGUCCUCCCCCCUGGACCCGCUCUUCCUCUCGGCGCAGAAUGCCUCAGUUCAUUCUCUCCCGUCCAGGGCCUCAGAGCAGUUAUCAAAGACGUAAAUGGACACCAGCUUCUCGAGGUUUGGGACGAACGUGGUCUGAGAAAGUGCCUGAACCUCACAGCCCUCAACCAACAUGGACGGGUCUAUGAUGACGUGCACUUUGGCUGUCUGUCCUGGUCACGAUGUGAAAACAAACUGUUGUACAUCGCUGAGAAAAAAACAGAGUCACCAAACGCCUCAUCUGGAGAUGUGAAGGAGCGCAGACUGUACCGUGAGGACUGGGGAGAGGCUCUGUCUCAGAAGAGUGUCCCUGUGCUCUGCUGUGUGGACCUGAGGAGCGGGGUCGUCCGUGUGCUGCAGGGGGCUCCAGAGCAGCUCUCAGCAGGACAGGCAGUGUGGUCUUUGGAUGGUGAGAGCGUUUUCUUCGUUGGCUGGUCCCAUGAGCCGUACAGACUGGGACUCAAGUUCUGCACGAACCGCAGAUCUGCAUUGUUUCGGAUCGAUUUGGAAGGAAAUUGUGAGCGUCUGUCAGAAGAGAACGUGUCCGUCUUAAGUCCUCGUCUCAGCCCAGAUGGAUCAGCUUUAGUUUUUCUUCAGGGAAACGUGUUUGGGCCUCACGCUCAGUGCCUCAAAAUGCAAAUGUUGGACCUGAAGAGUAAAAAAAUCUCCACCCUUAUUGACGUCGUCCACAGAGCGCAGAGUGGAGAAGACACCGGUGGAUUCUCUGGAGUGUACGAGUCUCUGCCCUCCUGCUGCUGGUCCGAGGACAGUCAGAGAAUAGUGUUCAGCAGCGCUCACAAGAACUGGAAGGACAUAUUUGUGGUGGACAGACAAACCCAGACUGUCUCCUGUCUCUCUGAUAACGUCUCUGAUGGUCUGAGAGUGUUUGGAUCCUGGAGGCUCCUGACCAUCCACAGAGACCUGAUGGUGGUCUGCUGCUCCAGCCCCAACACUCCGCCCACACUGAGAGUUGGAUUCCUGCCCCCUGGUGGACAGAGUGUCUCAUGGAAAACUCUUCUUCCUCCUCUGAGCACGUUCGACUUCCCCUGGACCGUCAUGGAUGUGCGGCCCACAGCGGACGAGGACAAUGCCAAAUACACUGGUCUUGAUUUUGGUGCCAUUUUAGUGAAACCGUCCACUCAGGGCAAAACCAAACUACCUCUAGUCGUCUUCAUUCAUGGAGGCCCUCACUCCCAGUUCCCCGCUGAGUGGAACAUCACCACAGCGGGUCUGGUCCAACUGGGACUUGCUGUUUUAAUGGUGAACUACAGAGGGUCCACGGGGUUUGGCCAGGACAGCAUCUUGUCUCUGCUUGGCCAAAUCGGUCAACAAGACGUCCAAGAUGUACAAAGGGCCGUUCAGUUUGCCCUCCAGACUGACACGACCCUUGACCCUGAGCGUUUGGCGGUUUUCGGGGGGUCACACGGUGGGUUUCUGUCCUGUCACCUGAUUGGCCAGUUCCCGGACGUGUACAGAGCCUGUGCAGUGAGGAACCCUGUGGUGAACGCAGCCACUCUCCUGGGCACCAGCGACAUCACUGACUGGAGAUACAGCAGCGUCGGUAUGAACUUCUCCUAUGAACAGAUUCCAACUCCUGAGGCUCUGGCCACCAUGUUGGAGAGGUCGCCCAUCACACACGCGCCAAAGAUGAAGUGUCCCCUGCUGCUGAUGCUGGGGGCCAAAGACCGCAGAGUGUCUCCUCACCAGGGCCUGGAGCUGUACAGAGCUCUGAAGAGCAGAGGGAGGAUCGUCAGGCUGCUGUGGUUCCCUGAGGACGGUCACUCUCUCUCUCGUGUGGACACUCAGACCGACUGUUUCCUCAACACUGUUCUGUGGCUACAACAAUAUCUCUGACGCUGACACAUCUGCCCCACAUCUGGACUAAAAUCUCACCGAACUGCACUCAAAACUGAAUUAUCCAGGUUUGAAUUUUGAAUUUUGUUAAUUGUUUGUUAAUGAAACUUAAUCACCAGCAAUUUUUCUUACUUCCCUCUGCUAAUUUUAAAGUUUUUCACAUUUACAAUAUAAUGUAAAUAAUCACAGUGGAGAAAUAAUAAUAAUAAUAAUGAUAUAACCAGUAUUUGAGACACAUUACGUUGCAUG